AUGAGAAAACAUACUGGAGAAAAACCUUACAAGUGUAAUGAAUGCAGCAAGGCCUUCAGACAGAAGUCAGCCCUUACAGUUCAUCAGAAAACCCACACUGGAGAAAAACAUUAUAAGUGUAAUGAGUGUAGCAAGACCUUUAGACAGAAGUCAGCCCUUACAGUUCAUCAGAAAACACACACUGUGGUAAAACCUUACAAAUGUAAUGAAUGUGGCAAGGUCUUCAAUCACAUUUCACAUCUUGCUCAUCAUCAAACAAUUCAUACUGCAGCAAAACCUUUGAACUGUAAUGACUGUGAUCAGGACAUUCAUACUGGAGAGAAGCCUUACAGAUGCAAUGAAUGUGAUAAGGGCUUUCAGUUCACUUCUGACCUUAUACAACAUCGGGGCAUUCAUAUAAGAGAGAAACCUUACAAAUGCAAUGAUUUUGACAAGGCCUUCAGACUGAAGCUAUCUCUUACAGUUCAUCAGAAGACACAUACAAGACAGAAGCCUUACAGAGUUUUAAAGAUUGCCUUUGGUGAAGAAGCUGAGAUUAAAGGUAAAAGGAAAGAAGAGGAAUCUAGAAUGGUUUCUACUCAGGGACCCUUGAUAUUCAGGGAGGUGGCUAUAGAAUUCUCUCAGGAAGAGUGGCAGUACCUGGAUCCUGCUCAGAGGACUUUAUACAGGGCCGAAAUGUUGGAGAAAUACAGGAACCUGGUCUCCCUGGCAGGACUCUUGCUUCCUGACCUGACCAUUCUCUCCAUGUUGGAGGAAGGGAAAGAGCCCUGGACUGUGGAGAUUGAAGUGAAAACACCAUGUAAUUCAAACUGAGAAGAAUGGAUCAAAGAUGUGCACUCCGAUAAGAGCUCAGGGACGAGCUGUGUAUUGGGAAUGGAAGCAAGACACAAACCUACUAAAAAUCAACUUGGAUUAAGCUGUUACUCCCAUGUGCCUGAACAGCCAUUAUUUCAAGAUGAAAGGAAAACCGAUGAAUGGAAUGAAGUUGAAAACUCUCUCAAUCAUAUUACCUCAUUUUCUCCGCUUGAAAACAUCCCUUCCAAGCUCAAAAGCCACAUGCUUAAUAAAAAUCAAAAUGAUUUUGUCCAUUUUCCAACAGUCACACAAGAACUGAACGUACACAUUAGGGAAGAACGUUAUAGGCAUAAUGAGUGUGGCAAAGCCUUUAGUGUGUCUUCAAGCCCUCCUGACCAUGGGGUAGUCCAUACAGGAAAGAAACCUGCGAAAUGUGAAGAGUGUGGCAAGGGCUUCAGAAAAAAUUCAGACUUUGUACAACAUUGGAGAAUCCAUACUGGGGAGAAACCUUAUGGAUGUAAUAAGUGUGGCAAAGUUUUCAGGAAAAAUGCACACCUAUUCCAACAUCAGAGAAUUCACUCUGGGGAAAAACCUGGCAAAUGUGACAAGUGUGGCAGAGCAUGUAGUCUUCCUUCAAGGCUUUAUAAACAUCAGGUAAUCCAUAAUGCAAAUAAACUUUUCGAAUGUGAGGUGUGUGGCAAAGUUUUCAGGCAAAAUGCACACUUAGCAAGGCAUCGUAGACUUCACACUGGAGAGAAACCAUACAAAUGUAAUGAGUGUGGCAAGGCUUUUAUUUAUAGUUCAUACCUUAUAAAACAUGCAAGUGUUCAUACUGCACAGAAAACAUACAAAUGCAAUGAGUGGGGCAAGGUCUGUUACAAAUCAAACAUUAAAAAUCAUCACAAAACUCAUUUUGGAGAGAAACCUUGCAAAUGUUACAAAGAUGGCAAAAAAUUUAGUUGGUCUUCAAGGCUUCCUAUACAUCAGGUUAUCCAUAAUGCAGAUGAACCCUACAAAUGUGAUGAUUGUGGGAAGGUUUUCCGGCACAAAUUAUCCCUAACAGUUCAUCUGAGAAUUCAUACUGGAGAGAAACCUUACAAAUGUAAUGAAUGUGACAAGGUCUUCAGUCAGAAAGUAUCCCUUAGGGUUCAUCUGAAAACACAUACUGGAGAGAAACCUUACAAAUGUAGUGAGUGUGGCAAAGUCUUCCGUCACAAAUCAAAUCUUAAAAAUCAUUACACCAUCCAUUUGGGAGAGAAACCUUACAAGUGUAAUGAAUGUGGCAAGGCCUUCAGACAGAAGAUAGGCCUUACUGUUCAUCAGAAAAUACAUUCUGGAGAGAAACCUUACAAAUGUAAUGAAUGUGGCAAGGCCUUCCGUCAUAAAUCACACCUUAAAAAUCAUCAUAAAAUCCAUACAGGGGAGAAACCUUACAAAUGUAAUGAAUGUGACAAGACCUUCAGAGAAAAAACAUCCCUUACACGUCACCAGCGAAUUCAUACUGGAGAGAAACCUUACAAGUGUAAUGAGUGUGGCAAGGUCUUCUGUCAACAGUCAACCCUUAAAACUCAUCACAGAAUUCACACUGGAGAGAAACCAUACAAAUGUAAUGAGUGUGGCAAGGCCUUCAGUUUAAAGUUAUAUCUUAAAAGUCAUCAAAGAAUCCAUGUGUGAGAGAAUCCUUACAAAUGUAAUGUAUGCACUAAUGUCUUUAGUCACAUUUCAUGCCUUGCACAGCAUCGGAGAAUUCAUUUGUGAGAGACUGCAAAUUCCUUGAGAGUGCCAACUCUUCAUUAUGAGUUCCAUCAUUAAUCAGCAUCACAGAGUCUAUGCUAAAGAGAAAUCAGAUAAAUACAAUGUGUGUGACUGGGGCUUUAUCUAGGCCUGACCACUUACUACACAAGUAAAGGUACAUCUUCAAUGAAACCACCCAAAAGAAAUGUUUGUUAUGUUACUAAUACCCAAGGACCAGUCCUCCGGAAUGUCAGACAGUUUGCACAGGAAAGAAAUCAAUCUCUAUUUUACCAGUAUUUAAUGUCUGAUGAUAUAUGGUGGAGAGUGAGUAUAAAUCGAAAUAUAUUGCCCCUCAUGACUUGGUACAUAUCAAACUGGCCAGGAGAUAUGGACAUGGUCAAUUAUAUUUAUGUUAUACAAUGUUUCAUUAUUUG